AUGCCUGACAGCGAGGAAAUUACGGAAUGUUCAUCACCUCAACUUUAUAUGGAGAGUGACACGGACAAGCAGAUUUUAGAAUGGGCCGGAAAACUAGAAUUGGAGUCGAUAGAAUUACGUGAGAGAUCAACUUUGCUGAUUGCGGCAAUGGAAAAGAAUUCGCGGGAGCUCAGGGGCUCUUUUUCGAAGCUCUCUGAGAUUUCGGAGCAACUGAAAGAACUUAAAGACUUGAACGUACAGGCCGAAAAGACUACAGAGCAGCAAACCGCUAGUUUGGACAGAGUUUCGGGGCUUGAAACCGCGGUCAACGCCCUUCGUGAAGAGCUUUUGGACGUAGUUUCGCGGACCGCCGAGGCCGAGUCACGUGCUCGAGAAAAGGCCAACAACCAGCAACAACACUUGUGGGAGUCGCUCAAGGCUGUGUGUGAGACUUCAGAGCUGAUAGCGCGCAAUUUCGAGCGAAGCUGCGCUGCGCAGGAGUCCCUGGAGCGUAUGAUGCGAGUCGAAAAUCGCGAAUCGCUGCUCAAGGGCCUGAGCGAGUCCCUGACAAAGUCCGUUUCGGAAUCCGUAUCGCAGUCCGUGACACAGAGUAUCUCCAAAGCGGUCUCGAAAGAGCUACAAGGCGCCGUAGAGUUCGCGGUCUCGCAGGCGCUGGCGCGUGCCCCGCAAACCCUACUCCCGCCGGUCGUGUACGACGACCGGACAGCGCUUCGAGGUCACGUGCCAUCUACCCAAUUCCACCCAACGUACCACCAUUAUUCACAUCCCUACCAGGCUACGCCCCCGAGCACUUUAAUGCAACCGACGCCACAGAUCGCGGUCGCACCCGCUGCGCCUCCUGCAAAGCGCGCAGCUACUACUCGCUAUAUCAUCCCAUGGGACGAAAUGGCCGGUGCUGACCUCUCAAGUGAAUUGUAA